GUCAGACAGCAGAAUCUCGGCAAUUCCUUCAUUCCACAGUGAUUCACUGCUGGGGAUUUCUUGCACUGCUAUAUGUCAUUUCUCAUUUAUUGCAUAUAAUUGAUUUCAGCUCAUUCAGCCCCUUUGUCCGACUCCGCCUGCCCCCAGUCGAUGCAGCGGCCAGAUCGCGUCUAAAGAACGUGGCUUCUCGUUCACCUUGUUUUAUUUUGUUGUGUGCUCCUCCACGGCCCUGGCGGGAUGAUAACAGUUGGGAGCUCGGUUUAGCAAGUCUUCCUUUCUUUUUUUUUUACUGUUCCGGUAUAGCAUGAGAGAUGUCAAGGUCCGCAACACCUGCGCUACCUCUGCAUAAUGCGCAGGUCCCCGUUUCGAGGCCUCCGUCCACGGCGCCCGCGGGCUUGCGCUCCAACGCUUCUCCAUCGACUUCCACAUCGAUAUACUCCCUACUAGACCCACAGCAAACAGCCGACCGUUUACACACUUCUCUUAUACAUGGACUCACUCCAGCUGAAGCUGAGGUUCGAUUGGCACGGGAUGGACCGAAUGAACUUCCCCAGGAAGAGCCAGAGCCACUGUGGCUGCGGUUCCUGAAACAGUUCCGGGAAACCCUGAUUCUUCUCCUUUUGGGGUCCGCGGCCAUGUCUUUCUUCAUGGGCAAUUACGACGAUGCGAUUAGUAUUACACUUGCUGUUACCAUUGUGAUCACUGUCGGUUUCGUCCAAGAGUAUCGGUCAGAGCAGUCUUUGGAGGCGUUGAGCCGCCUCGUACCUCAUCAUGCGCAUCUCAUCCGUGAUGUCCCCUCCUCUAACAACCCUGCCAUGAGCCAUUCCCCUACUGCCGCUGCUGGAGGUGAUGUGGAGUUGCAGGAACUCCGGGGUAAGGGCCCGGGCUAUGCUUCCGCUGCUAUCAAGGCGGCCAGUACCAUUGCCGCCAACGAGCUUGUGCCGGGAGAUUUGGUUUUGUUCUCGACAGGCGAUCGCAUUCCAGCGGAUAUAAGGAUCACUAGCGCGACCGACUUGUCAAUUGACGAAUCCAAUUUAACUGGAGAGAAUGAGCCAGUUGUUAAAUUCGCAGAUGCGCUUAGCUCGAAGCACCUCCUUUUGCAGUCACCCAAGCCUUCUCGAUCCCCUCUUUACGACGCCCCUGCCAGCGGUGCUGUUGGGGCAGAUAUUCGAUUGAACGAGCAGCACAAUGUCGCAUUCAUGGGCACCUUGGUACGGUCUGGAUACGGACAGGGGAUCGUCAUUUCGACUGGUGCCAAGACCGAGUUUGGGAGUAUUUCGGCUUCUCUUCAGGAGAUUGAAAGCCCUCGAACCCCGCUGCAGUUAUCUAUGGACCGGCUGGGCCAGGAAUUGAGUUAUAUCUCGUUUGGUGUUAUCGCACUGAUCGUGGUAAUCGGGUUACUGCAGGGCAGGAAGCUCCUUGAGAUGUUCACCAUUGGCGUUUCACUCGCGGUUGCAGCGAUUCCAGAAGGUCUCCCGAUUAUUGUGACGGUUACUCUUGCUCUGGGUGUGUUGCGUAUGGCCAAACGAGGAGCGAUUAUGCGAAGACUUCCGAGCGUAGAGACAUUGGGCUCUGUGAACGUUGUCUGCAGUGACAAGACAGGGACACUUACCAUGAACCACAUGACUGUUACCAAGAUGUGGCAUUUUGACUGCACGGAGGCAUUCGAGGUUCACCGAGAUAUUUCCUCGUUGACUCCAGGCCCCGCGGCUCAUACCGUUCUCCGAAUUGGAAAUAUUGCCAACAAUGCCAGGUUAUCACGUAUUCAUGCAAACUCUCCGGCUAGUGCAUCCUCCGCGGCGGUUUUGUCUUCCACUGUUGACAGUUCCUCGGGGGCUGUGAAGAGCAGAUGGGUUGGUCAACCCACGGAUGUGGCCAUCCUGGAUUUGCUAGAUGCCCUUGGGGAAGAUGAUGUACGUGAACGCAUCAGUACUCGGACUGCUGAAACCCCAUUUAGCUCUGAGCGCAAGUGGAUGGGGGUGAUAAUCCACGGUGGUACGGGCGAAUCUGCGCACGGAGGCACGGAUGUAGCAUACAUCAAAGGUGCUCUUGAACAGGUUCUGUUGCGAUGUGAUACUUAUUUGAUGAAGGACGGCCGUGAGGUAAUUCUAGACGAGCCGCGGCGGAAUAUGGUGAGGCAAGCAGCCGAGCAGAUGGCCGCAGAGGGAUUGAGAGUUUUAGCUUUCGCCAGCGGAGUGGUGAGAGACUCCCCUAGAAGAGGGAGAUUUGGUAGUCGAUCUGGCACACCUUCUUCGAGUUCCAGUCAAGGAAACGACGAUGAUCGCUAUAAUGGGCUGGUGUUUGCAGGUUUGGUGGGAAUGAACGACCCCCCGCGAAAGGACGUUCACAAAUCCAUCAGGCGUCUGAUGGCUGGAGGAGUGCGGGUGAUAAUGAUCACAGGAGAUGCCGAAACAACAGCGGUCGCUAUUGCAAAGCAACUGUGCAUGCCAGUCAACGAAUCCCCAGGGUCAAGACCCGUGAUCGGGGGUGACGAGCUCGACCGCAUGAGCACGGCCGAGUUGGCACAAGCCAUCUCGACCACAUCGAUAUUCGCGCGCACUAGUCCAGACCAUAAGAUGAAGAUUGUGAAGGCAUUGCAGUCUCGAGGAGAUGUGGUUGCCAUGACCGGUGAUGGUGUGAAUGAUGCGCCGGCAUUGAAGAAGGCCGACAUUGGUAUUUCGAUGGGCAAACUGGGAACCGAUGUUGCCAAGGAGGCAGCAGAUAUGAUCUUAACGGACGAUGAUUUCUCGACAAUCCUUCGUGCCAUUGAGCAGGGCAAGGGAAUUUUCUACAAUAUCCAGAACUUUAUUACUUUCCAACUCAGCACCAGCGUCGCUGCUUUGAGUCUGGUUUUGUUGGGUACCACUAUGGGCUUCAAGAACCCACUCAAUGCGAUGCAAAUUCUCUGGAUUAAUAUUCUCAUGGAUGGCCCUCCAGCUCAGUCCCUUGGUGUCGAGCCAGUCGAUCCGUCCAUCAUGAGUCGUCCACCCCGUCCGAAGCACGCCCGGGUUUUGACCAAACCGUUGAUCCAGCGUGUGCUCACCUCUGCAUUUGUGAUUAUGCUCGGCACUUUGGCCGUCUAUGUCCACGAAAUGGGUCAUGUGGAGGAUGUCAGUAAUCCGGGAAAGCACACUCGCGUAGUCACAGCCCAUGACACGACCAUGACCUUUACCUGCUUUGUGCUCUUCGACAUGUUCAACGCCCUGUCCUGCCGCAGCGAAGGCAAGUCGGUACUUCGGGGUGAGAUCUCGAUGUUUGGAAAUAACAUGUUCAACUAUGCCGUUCUGGGCUCGCUUUUGGGCCAGGCAUGUGUCAUCUACCUCCCAUUCUUGCAGCAGAUCUUCCAGACGGAGCCGCUCAGCUUCACCCACCUGUUCAAACUGGUGUGCAUUUCCAGCUCUGUGUUUUGGGUGGAUGAGGGGCGAAAGUACUUCAGCGCGCUGAAACGGCGGAGGGCGGUUGGAGUAGGAUAUAGUGUCAAUGUUUAGAUUUUGCCGUAUAUGAUUAUUGGGUUGGACAAUUAUUUGUUGGGCUUGUUAUUGUAUAGGAAAGACAAAAGCAGAGCAUUACAUCAGUCAUGAAUCUCAUUUUAGUCUGUAUUUAGGGGGAUAUCCGUGGUGUUUUAUAUACAUCACUUGUAACAAUAAUGGAGAUGGAGUUUUCAGGUCAUUGGGGAUAAUUAAUUAAUCAUUGAUGGAUUGACUACAACCUGUGUCCUGCUAUUCCUUUAAAUGCCUUGUCAUUGACCUCGUGAGCUCAACAGGUGAUAUCACCCCUCUCUGCCUCUCAUGAAGCAGAUGAAUAAUUCACCAACAUGGUGGGCUUGUUAUAAAUACGAGUAGCAGAUAAAUAUAGAAUACAACCUUUCUCAUGGUUUAUUUCUACUCAAUUGAUAGAAGAGUGCAUCGGAAAUCCUAGUUCCCUAUCGCCAACCUCGAUA